AUGUACGUCGCCAUCAUUGUUGAAGUGAGCUUAAAAGGACCCCCCGGGACGCCCUCAAAACGCUCUCGCGCCGCCCGCCGCGCAACAUCCCCCUCCAUCAACACCGACAAGUCCCUCAAAGACGUCUCCCUCCCCUCCACAAAAUCCUCCUCCGACUCCGCCCGCCCUUCCGUCCUCGCCGCCCGCCACUCCGCCGGCGUCACAAAAAAGUCCCGUCGCGGCCGCCAGCUCUCCGCAAAGGGCCGCCGACGCCAGGAAAAGGGCCUCGAGAUGGCCGAGGCUUUCGUCGAGCGCACGAGCAAGAAGCUCGAGAAGAGCCUCGGCAAAGCGAAAGUCGUGCAGGCUAGGAGCAAGAAGUGGGACGACAUCAACAAGGACGUGCAGGAGACCAAAGCCAAUGCCUUUGCGGUGCUGGGUCAGGACGACGAGGCUAACGGUGGUGAAUGGGAGACGGACGACGACAUGGAUGGUGACGACGGCGCAAAGGGCAAGACUGCCGCUGUAGCUGCAGCUCCUGCACCAGUGCUGGAUGAUGACGAUGACGAGAUUAUGUAAAUGGGUUUUUUAUGACUGGACGACGGAAAAGAUCAUGGCGACAACUGGGAGGGGGGCUUGUUUGCUUUCUUUCUUUCUUUCUUUCGUGGGAAUUCGGCGUUGUUGGCUUCUUAAAAGAAAGGACUGGCGUGGGAAUUAUGGCAACUAUUUUGCAGCCAUCUAAAGCGAUGUUGUCAAAGAUUGCCGCCUGACGUUGAUAAUCUCAUCAUCAGGGGUCGGGUUAUAGACUAUGGGCUCUCUACCUUUGGUACACACAUAUAUAGU